CUAACAUGCAUUUGACACGUGCGCCUCCUUAGCCAUAGCCGAAAAUAGAGCCCAGAGAGUAAGGGAGAAAGAAAGACCGAGAAUAAGGGAAAGUGGGGUCAGGGUUGAAGAGGUGGAGUUACAGAGAUGGGGAGAAAAGUGUGGAUGAAUCCAACGUUCAGACGGGCCACUCGGUAAUCUCGGCCCGGAUCCAGUCCUCUCCCACUCACAGCCUCUAUGUCUUCGUCCGGAACUUCGUCUGUCGGAUCGGAGAAGAUUCUGAACUCUUCAUGUCCCUAUACGACCCCAACAAACAGACCAUCAUCAGUGAGAACUACCUGAUCCGUUGGACCAGUAAAGGCUUUCCUAAAGACGUUGACAUGCUGAACAACCUGAAGGUUGUCUUUACAGACCUGGGGAAUAAGGAUUUGAACAGAGACAAGAUCUACCUGAUCUGUCAGAUAGUGAGAGUGGGUCGUAUGGAACUGAAAGAGACUGGCACCAAGAAGUGUACCCUGGGCCUCCGCAGGCCCUUUGGAGUGGCAGUGAUGGACAUCAGUGACAUCAUCAAAGGAAAGAUAGAGUGUGACGAGGAGAAGCAGUAUUUCAUCCCGUUCGUUCCGGUUGUGGCAGAGAAUGACUUCCUCCACUCCCUGCUGAACAAGGUGACAGCAUCGCGGGGAGACAGUGGAGGACAAGGUCUGUGGGUGACGAUGAAGGCCCUGGUGGGUGACAUCGUCCAGAUCCGUAAGGAGUACCCUCACCUGGUGGACCGCAGCACGGUGGUGGCCCGUAAACUGGGCUUCCCAGAGAUCAUCAUGCCGGGGGACAUCCGCAACGACAUCUACUUGACUCUGUGUACUGGGGACUUUGACAAGUACAACAAGACCACCCAGAAAAACAUGGAGGUCAUCAUGAUGGUGUGUGACGAGGAGGGCAAGGCUGUGCCGAACUCUAUCUGUCUGGGAGCCGGGGAUCGGCCGCUGAACGAGUACAGAUCUGUCAUCUACUACCAGGUCAAACAACCACGCUGGAUGGAGACGUUCAAGGUGGCCAUCCCUCUGGAGGAGAUGCAUAGGAGCCACCUGCGCUUCAUGUUCAGACACCGCUCCUCUCAGGAGUCCAAGGAUAAGAGUGAGAAGAACUUUGCCAUGGCGUUUGUUCAUCUGAUGAAGGCGGAUGGAACAGUGCUGCAGGAUGGACUUCAUGAAUUGGUUGUCUUCAAGGGGGACAGUAAGAGGAUGGAGGAUGUGAACUCGUACCUGUCCCAGCCCUCUACGCGAAACCAGGGUGACGUUCCAAAGGGGGGGACACUGAGUCGCAGCAGUGUAGGAGUCCUGUCUGUCAGCUCCAGAGACAGCUUCACCGUCUCAACCCUCGUCUGCUCCACCAAACUCACCCAGAACGUGGGUUUGCUGGGCCUACUGAAGUGGAGGACUCGUCCUGAGCUCCUCAAAGAAAACCUGGAGAAACUCAAGAUCAUCGACGGAGAGCAGGUUGUCAAGUUUCUCCAGGACACUCUGGAUGCUCUGUUCACCAUCAUGAUGGAACACUCCCAGACUGACGACUAUGACAUCCUAGUGUUCGAUGCCCUGAUCUAUAUCAUUGGCCUGAUAGCAGACAGGAAGUUCCAGCAUUUCAACACGGUGUUGGAGGCCUACAUUAAACAGCACUUCAGCGCCACGCUGGCAUACAAGAAGUUGAUGUCGGUGUUGAAGAGGUAUCUGGAUGUGUCCAGUCGAGGGGAGCAGUGUGAAAACUACCUCCGCACCCUCAAAGCCCUGGAGUACAUCUUCAAGUUCAUCGUCCGCUCACGCAUGCUCUACUCCCAGCUGUAUGAAGGGAAGGAGCAGAAAGAGUUUGAGGAAUCUCUACGGAGACUGUUCGAGUCCAUCAACCAACUAAUGAGGAGUGACCACAACACAACAGUCUUGCUGCAGGUGGCUGCGCUGAAGUACCUACCCACAGUCUUGCAGGAUGUGGAGACAGUGUUUGACGCCAAACUCCUGAGUCAGUUGCUGUAUGAAUUCUACACCUGUAUCCCUGCUGACAAGCUGCAGAAACAGAAGGUGUCCUCCAUGGCCGAGAUCGUCAGCAGCAAACUCUUCGAAAAACAGGAGUGCCGGGACAUCCUGCUACCCAUGAUGCUUCGGGAGCUAAGCGAAACGCUGAAGGACAUGGGUCAGGGGCCUCAUGACGACCGGAGGAACAGCGUGGAGCUGCUCAACAACAUCCUGGAGGUCCUCAGCAGAGACAAUGUGGGUGAGACAUUCCAGCAUAUUCAGGACAUUGUGGCCAGUCUCCUCAGGACCAUCAACCGUACGGUCAUUUCCAUGGGUCGUGAGCAUGCCCUGAUUUCCAGGGUGGUGGCCUGUAUGACGGCCACUCUGAGUCAGAUGGAUGACAGCCACUAUUCUUGCUACCUAGAGACCUUCUCAGGCACCACCGACCUAGUGGACUUCCUGAUGGAGACGUUCCUACUGUUCAAGGAACUGAUUGGGAAGCACGUCUACCCCUCAGACUGGAUGGCCAUGAUCAUGGUGCAGAACAGGGUGUUCCUCAGAGCCAUCAACACCUACGCUGACACCAUGAACCUCAAAUUCCUCAACAACAAUGACUUUGAAGUGCAGUUGUGGAAUAAUUACUUCCAUUUGGCUGUGGCAUUCAUUACCCAAGAGUCAUUGCAACUGCAGCACUUCUCUCCAACCAAGAGGAACAAGAUCCUGGCAAAGUAUGGAGACAUGAGGAGACUCAUCGGUUUUGCCAUACGGGACAUGUGGUACAAACUGGGUGGGAAUAAGAUCUGUUUUAUCCCUGGGAUGGUGGGUCCUAUCCUGGAGAUGACUCUGAUUCCUGAGGAAGAGCUGAGACGAGCCACCAUCCCCAUCUUCUUCGAUAUGAUGCAGUGUGAACACAAACUCUCCGCGCACUUCCAAAAGUUUGAGAAUGAGAUCAUUCUGAAGCUGGAUCAUGAGGUGGAGGGAGGAGGAGGAGAUGAGAGAUACAUGGAGCUACUGGAAACCAUACUGUUGGAGUGUGCUGUGGAGCAUCCCUUGUUAAGGCCAGAGGUCGAGCACUUCGUUGACUUGGUGAAGGGACUCCUGGUGCGUCUCCUUGACUACCGCACGGUGAUGAGCGACGACAGCCGCAACAACCGCAUGAGCUGCACCGUCAAUCUGCUGAAUUUCUACAAGGACAUCAACCGUGAAGGGAUGUACAUCAGAUACCUCUACAAGCUGAGAGACCUUCACAUGGCUGUGGAAAACUACACAGAGGCUGCCUACACCCUGUUGCUUCACUCUCGCCUGCUCAAGUGGUCAGAGGACCAGUGCAGUCCCCAGUUUGAGGUGCGUAGCUGUCAGACCCAGCGCCAGCAGAAGGAGAGUCUCUACGAAACCAUCAUCGGGUACUUCGACAAGGGCAAGAUGUGGGAGGAGGCUAUAACUCUGUGUAAGGAGCUGGCUGACCAGUACGAGAUGGAAGUGUUUGAAUACGAGCUGCUCAGCCAGAGUCUGAAGCAGCAGGCUAGGUUCUAUGAGAACAUUAUGACGAUCCUGAGGCCCAAGCCAGACUACUUUGCUGUGGGCUACUACGGACAGGGUUACCCUCCUUUCCUCAGGAACAAGGUGUUUAUCCACCGGGGGAAGGAGUACGAGCGUAGAGAAGACUUCCAGAACCAGUUGAUGAGUCAGUUCCCCAGCGCGGUCCGUCUCAACAUCACCACCAUGCCUGGAGACGACGUCAGACUCUCCCCUUUGCAGUACAUCCAGUGUUUCACUGUUCAGCCUGUCCUGGAGAUCCCAUCUCGCUUGAAGAGCAAACCCGUCCCUGACCAGAUCAUCAAGUCAGUCCCUCUCUGCCCUCAACCUUUACCUCUGUCUCACAAAGAUGACUGUUUAAACCUCCUCUUUCUAUCCCGCUCUAUGUGUGUGUGUGUGUGUGUGUGUGUGUGUGUGUGUGUGUGUGUGUGUGUGUGUGUGUGUGUGUGUGUGUGUGUGUGUGUGUGUGUGUGUGUGUGUGUGUGUGUGUGUGUGUGUUGUAGCUUCUACAAGUCCAACUACGUGCAGCGUUUCCACUACUCCAGACCAGUCAGGAAAGGCCCAGUGGAUCCCAGCAAUGAGUUUGUUUCCAUGUGGAUUGAGCGCACCACGUUCACCACAGUGUAUAAACUCCCUGGGAUCCUGCGCUGGUUUGAGGCCACAGACAUGAAACAUACCACCAUCAGUCCUCUGGAGAAUGCCAUAGAGACCAUGCAGAGCACCAAUGACAAGAUCCUCACCCUGAUCAACCAAUACCAGGCCGACGACGCCCUUCCCAUCAACCCUCUCUCCAUGCUGCUCAACGGCAUUGUGGACCCUGCCGUCAUGGGGGGCUUCGCCAAGUACGAGAAGGCUUUCUUCACUGAGGAGUACAACUUGCAACACCCAGAGGACAGAGAUAAGCUGGAGGGUCUCAAAGACCUCAUCGCAUGGCAGAUCCCGUUGCUGGGUGGGGGAAUCUCUCUACAUGGGAAGAGAGUGACAGAUGACCUACGACCUUUCCACGAGCGCAUGGAGGAGUGCUUCACGCAUAUGAGGAAGAAGGUGGAGAAGGAGUAUGGAGUGAGGGAGCUGCCGGAUAUGGAUGAGAGGAAGUCAAGUCGUCCGCGCUCUGUCCUUCGCUCCUUCCGACAGUCCGUCAUCUCCAUCUCUUCCCUCCAGGGGUCUGAGUGUGGGACCCCCACCAAACCUUAUCCAGACAGUGGUCUCCCUGACAUGGCGGCCCCCCAGACCCCCACCCUGCAGCGCUCCAGUGGGAGUGUGAGCAUGGUGGAUGAGGGAGGGGCAGAGGGGGAGGUUAAACUCAGGAACUCCAAGAGGAGAAGGAAAAGGAGCAGCAUGAUCUUCAUCCCAGAGGAGAGAGACAGGACCAACACUCUGGACAGCAAAUGGCUGUCCAAGAAGCAGGAGUUCCGCAGUGACACCAACCUGUCUGAACCUGGCUCUCAAGAAAAUGUCUUUCUCACCAACGCCAACUCCAGAUCUCUUCCUGCUAUUACAGGCCAGUCUCUGUCUGUGGCCAAUGGUAGUGAGGAGGCGGAGUCAUCCCGGUUCAGAAGGGACAGUAAGAGUAUGUCUGUGUGUCUUCCUGGAGACCGCACUGCUGACAGACGCUCCAAAGGGGUCAUCAACCUGCUCUUCGGGACCAAGAGCAACAAGUCUGAGCAACAGAGCAACAAGUCGUCUACUGAUCCAAGCAACAGGAAAGCCAGUCAAUUCUAACAGCCAUCCAUCACACAUGAUGUACCCUCAGUGCCUUUUAACCUGCUCUGCUUUGAAUUCCAGUUACCACCAGGGGCUAUUGCCUUGCUGAAAACUCCUCUUUGGAAAGAGCUAUCUGAUCUUUUCUUUUUUUUUAUCAGGUUUUAAAGACUUGUUUGCGCUCACACAGGCACAUAGGCACACACACACACACACAAUGAGAGAGAGGUGGAGAGAGAGAGACUGACAGAUUCUCUGAAGAAAUUCAUGCUUUUUAAACUUCUGCUCUCAUAUAUUUUAUAAUCAUUUCAAUAGAGAACAUUUGUAUUAACUGUCCUUCUUAAGUAAUGGUGUUUGCAAGCAUUCCAUUUAAUUCACUUGAUGAAAUAAUGAGUAAAGAGAUAUCUGUGUCAAUUUCUCCCCGGUGUUUGACAGAGUUGUUUUUUCAAAUGUUAUUAACAAUGUAGCCCUUUCCUGCAUUCAAUGAUCGAAAGCACCCUCUUUGGUCUCAUGAUUGGGAUGUUAUUCAUAUUUUUCAUAAUGGCACAAUAAAGAUUUGUUUUAAUGAAACUAAAAAUAAAAUACGGUGUUUGACUGUCAAAACA